AUGAGUGCUCAAGGCGCACUUUUCGGUGUACGAAGAGCUGUAUGGCUUUUUUCACUGGUGCACGCUAUUCAAGGACACCCCCUUAUCUACGCCUCAGAACCUGAAGCCCCCAAAGAAGCGGAUUUCGUUACGUUUCUAGGCAUUUCUAUAUUAUUGGUUUUGCUAGGUGGUGUUUUUGCCGGGCUGACAUUGGCACUCAUGGGACAGGACGAGUUAUACUUAAAAGUCAUUAGCACAUCCGGCUCGACUUCUGAGCAGAAAGCGGCUCUCAGAGUAUUGAAGCUAAUAUCAAAGGGCAAACACUGGGUCUUGGUAACUCUACUGUUGUCUAAUGUAAUUACCAAUGAAACACUACCGAUUGUUCUAGACAGAUGCCUUGGUGGUGGUUGGCAAGCCGUUGUCUGCAGUACCGUUCUCAUUGUCAUUUUUGGAGAAGUCAUUCCGCAAUCCGUAUGUGUUCGUUACGGUCUCGAAAUUGGAGCCUUCUUUUGCCCCUUCGUUGAAUUGCUAAUGUACCUGAUGUACCCACUAGCAUACCCCGUCUCUUUGCUGUUAGACUGGAUUUUGGGUGAAGACCACGGCACCAUGUACAAAAAAUCGGGGCUCAAGACUUUGGUUACUUUACACAGAACGAUGGGGGUAGACAGACUCACCAACGAUGAGGUGACUAUCAUUUCUGCAGUCUUAGACCUGAAGGAAAAGAAGGUUUGUGAGAUCAUGACCCCUAUAGUCAACGUUUUCACCAUGAGCGCAGACGCGAUUCUCGACGAGAAGACUGUAGGCGAAAUAUUCAACUCUGGGUUCUCGCGAAUUCCAAUCCACUUGCCAGGCGAGAAAAAUAACUUUAUUGGAAUGUUAUUAGUGCGCGUCCUCAUUUCAUAUGACCCCGAUGAUUGCUUACCGGUCUCGCAUUUUCCUCUUGCGACUCUUCCCGAAACUUCUCCAAAAACUUCGUGCCUUAAUAUUUUAAACUACUUCCAAGAGGGUAAGUCACAUAUGUGCAUUGUUUCCCAAGAUCCUGGAAACUCGGUAGGAGCGCUUGGCGUUCUUACUUUGGAAGAUGUCAUUGAAGAGUUAAUCGGGGAAGAAAUUGUUGAUGAAUCCGACGUUUUCGUUGAUAUUCAUCAGCGGAUUAUGCGUGAGCAACCGGGCCCUCUCUCUAAGCGACACAUUACUUCAUAUUUGCAUUCGCUCUACAAGACAACUCAAAGGAACUCGAUCGACCAAAGUGAGGAAGUUAGACCGCUUUUGGAAAGCGCUCAAGAAGCGAGCCAAAACUCCAAAGCCCCAGCGCUUUUGCCCGGGGUUGUGCCAUUCAAUCUGGCCUCUAAUCCAUUGCAUACUCAAAAUCCUCACGUCAAGGUCAAAAGACUGCCUGAGGUUAGCAACGACCCCGUUUCAGCCAAAUACAGAGCCACUUCUCCGACUUACGGCGGCACCAGCACAUCCCCUAGAGCAGAAACCAAUAGUCCCAUAUCAAACAAACUUCAUGAACAGCAUGUGCAGACCACUGCCGAUGGCUCGCAAGAUAUGGACAUCUUACAGGAGCAUUUAGACGCUGCAAAGAGAGCAAUCCAACACACGCGUGACACGGGUGAAAGAACACAAGUCACUACGUCUAAACAGCAGUCACCGAUGGAAGAGCCGAGCGCCAUUUCGUCGCAUCAUGGUAGUGAUGUUCAUCGAUCUCUCACAAAUUCAAUUAACGACCAGAGUGACACGCCAACCGAGACGCAAAUGAUCUCGUCAUCCUACCGCACCAGCAUCAAGGGAAUUGUGGAGAGCGUAGUAACUGUUAAAGGCGUUCCCAAGACGAUUAUUGAGCCUGCAAAGAACUGGGACGAGUCCCAAGAUGUUGUUAUCAACGAAAAUAACAACGUGCUCGAAGUGGGCGGUGGGAAUAGCGAAGGCAGCCACGACCUAGAUGAACCAUCUUCAAGCAGGCCACCUAAGAGUCGCAGGGGUAGUUUGUUUAGCCUCUUUCGGCAGUCCAGUGCUGGUGGCAGCAGCUCUAGCAUUCGUGGGAGAUCCAACCAAACCUCUGCAUCGUCCGAAAGACUAGACUCAGACGCUUUGAAUAGCGACGACGUCUACUCCAUGAGAAAUCAUUCACCUAGAUAG